GUAUGACAACACGUCAACUCGAAACGUCAAAGCGCUAGCCUUACAUCUUAAACGCGAAUUGUGAGGUUACGUUUCACAAACUUGAGGAUCGAAAAUGCCGUUUCUAGUAUACUCCAAGGCUCACACGAAAUCUUCCCCUAAAAAAAUCCACAAGUGUGGACGAUGCCCCUACUUCACCACAUGGUAUUUCCUCAUGGUCAGCCACCUUAAACGGCACAAAUGGCCACGAAUUUUUACAUGUGACAAGGCCACCGUUGAAUCCUACUACUGUAAAGAUUGCAAUUACCAAACUACUGUGACUCUUCUUUUCAUACUUCAUGUUAGAAAACACCACAGUAUUAAAAAGCAACGGCACGAAGAUCCCCCACAGUACUCCGUCCGCAAGUACAUUUGUGGAAACUGCCCGUUUGAAUCCCACUUUUCGAUGACAUGGUACCAACAUACUUUUUCUUGCCACAAAACCAAACAGAUUCAGGAAGUCGCGAAGCAAGGAACAGUUUGGUACUACUGUGAAAAAUGUUCAUUUAAAACAAAACUAUUGACAAAUUUGAAAGGACAUUGCAAGGUGAUGCAUGCCCCACCCGAAUUAAAAGACAAUUUUCUUUUAAAAAAUCAAAUGAGUUCGCGAUUGAAGAAAAUAUUAAGCCACAGCAAAAGUGUGAAUAAAUUUAAUUGUUAAUAAAAAUUAGAAAUCUUGUUUCAACCCCAAUCCACGAACCGUCGCUGUUCGAAUGACAGUUUAAAGUGUCAAAGCGCCAUCUUUAGCUUUACGUAUUAAAACGUGAAUUGUGAGGUUAUGUUUUACAAACUUAGGGACCGAAAAUGCCGUUUCUAGAAUACUCCAAGGCUCUGACGAAAUCUUCCUCCAAAGAAGUCCAUAAGUGUGGACUAUGCCACUACUUCACCACAUCGUAUUUCCUCAUGGUCAACCACAUUCAACGCCACAAAUCGCCGCAAAUUUUUACAUGCGAAAAAGCCACCGUUGAAUCAUACUAUUGUAAAGAUUGCAAUUACCAAACUACCGUGACUCUUCUUUUCAGACUUCAUGUUCGAAAACACCACAGUAUUAAAAAAGCACGACAAGAAAAUUCCCCACAGUACUCCGUCCGCAAGUACAUUUGUGGAAACUGCCCGUUUGAAUCCCACUUUUCGAUGACAUGGUCCCAACAUACUUUUUCUUGCCACAACAAACCAAAACAAACCAAAACAACCAAACAAACUCAAGAAAUCGCGAAGCAUUUGAAUGAGGGAAUAGAUUGGUACAACUGUGAAAAAUGUGUAUUUAGAACAAAGCUAUUUAACAGUUUUAAAGGACAUUGCAAGGUGAUGCAUUCAUUAGAAAUGGCUAAAAAGCCGUAUGUAUGCGAACAGUGCCCGUUUAAAAGCAGAUACAAAUCGUUAUUAGACAGCCACGUGAUUUCGCGACACAUGAAUAAAUGCUACAAGUGCCAGUACUGUUCGCACGUGGUUAAAACGCACAUUGAUUUAAUGAUUCACACGAGAGAGGUGCACUUGCACAAAAAAGUGACUGGUUCCAGACAGCUUCUAUGUGGCAGAAACCCACACAAACUUAAACACAUUAAUUUGCUUUAAAAUAAAGUUAAUAAAAAUCAACCAAAUAUAAUAAAUGUUGUAUUUAGCCCCUACUCACGAACCGCCGCUGUCUAAAUGACAGUUGCAAAUGUCAUCUUUAAACGUGAUUUGUGAGGUUAUGUUUAUAAAAUGAUAUAGAAUUAAUUUCUAGACAAAGCAUGAACAGAUAAAUUGUUUCAGAUCCGAAAAUGUCGUUCACAACCAAAAAGGUCCAAAGUUGUAGAUUAUGCCCUUACGUUACGACAUGGGUUUAUCUUAUGGACAACCACGCCAAACGACACAAUUCUCCGCAAGAUUUUACCUGUACUAGAGACUCCGUUGAAUCCUAUUACUGCAAACAUUGCAAUUACCAAACCGAUCUAACACUCCUUUUCAAACUUCACGUUAGAAAACACCACAGCAAUCAAAAACAGAAGAAAGAAAACCCCCAACAGUACUCCGUCCGAAAGUACAUUUGUGGAAACUGUCCGUUUGAAUCCCACUUUGUGAUGACAUGGCACCAACAUACUUCUUCUUGCCACAAGACUAAAAAUAAUUUGAACGACAACUUUAAAGCCCCCUGUGAAGAAUCCGCACAUAAAACAAGAUUAUAUUACAAUUUAAAAAAACAUACAUACCAGUAUAACUGUGAACCGUGCACAUUGAAAAGUUUAAAUGAAAACGAUAUUAAGAAAGAAGAUAUGACCUUCUACAAAUGCAAAAAGUGCCCUUAUAAAAGUAAAUCCAAAGUAGCUUUAAAUAACCACGUGACUCUUCAACACGUAGAUGAAGACGAAAUUACGUGGUUUCAAUGCGGAGAUUGUUCUUAUAAAUCCAAAACAAAGCACGGUUUAAAAAAGCACAUCAGUGUGAAGCAUGUGGACGAAAAAGAUAUCAAAUGGUACAAGUGUGAGCAGUGCCCGUUUAAAAGUAAAUAUAAAUUUUCGUUAAAUUGUCACGUGGUUUCGCGACACACGCACAAAUCGUACAAGUGUCAAUACUGUCUAUAUGAAGCUAAAACGAACACCAAGUUAACGUAUCAUACAAGAGGGGCACACAUGGACAAAAAAGUAGCCGGGUCUGAAAAGGUUCCACCCAUUCCACCCAAAGAAGAGCCCCCUUCAGCCGAAAACCCACCCGAAUUGAAAGACAAUUUUCUUUUAAAAAAUCAAAUGAGUUUGCGAUUGAAGAAAAUAUUAAGCACAGCAAAACUGUCGUUGAAUAAUUUUUAAUUGUUAAUAAAAAUUAAAAAUGUU